GACCGGAAGCGGAAGCGAGCGGCGCCCCAACCCGCGGUACCUCUGUGGCGGCUGGGCCGCGCGGCACGGGGCCGCGGCCCGGCUCUUCCGCUUCCUCCCGGGAGCCGGGGUAGGUCCGUCCGCGCUGGUGGCGGGGGCCGGCGGAGGCGAGCGGCGGGGUGUCCCUCCGCGGCGCUGAGCGGUGGCGCGGCCCGGCGCGGCCCAUGGACCGGCACAAAGUGAAGCGGCAGCGGCUGGACAGGAUUUGUGAAGGCAUACGGCCUCCUAUUGUGAAUGGCCCAAUGCCAACACGGCCACUGGUUGCACUCCUGGAUGGACGAGAUUGCACUGUGGAGAUGCCCAUCUUGAAGGAUGUUGCUACAGUGGCAUUUUGUGAUGCUCAGUCAACUCAGGAAAUCCAUGAAAAGGUGCUGAAUGAGGCAGUAGGAGCUCUGAUGUAUCACACCAUUACCCUUUCUCGUCAGGAUCUGGAGAAAUUCAAAGCCCUCAGGGUCAUUGUGCGCAUUGGCAGUGGCUAUGACAAUGUUGACAUCAAAUCCGCUGCAGAAUUAGGCAUUGCAGUUUGCAACAUCCCUUCCUCUUCAGUAGAGGAGACUGCUGACUCUACACUCUGCCACAUCUUGAACCUCUAUCGCCGUGUUACUUGGCUACAUCAGGCUAUGAGGGAAGGGAAUCGAGCCUCAAGUGUAGAACAGAUUCGAGAGGUGGCUGGUGGCGCUGUGCGUAUCCGUGGGGAGACUUUGGGCAUCAUUGGACUAGGCCGAGUUGGACAGGCAGUGGCUCUGCGAGCCAAGUCCUUUGGCUUCAACGUGAUUUUCUAUGAUCCCUAUCUGCCGGAUGGAGUGGAGCGAUCCUUGGGUUUACAGCGAGUAGGAACCCUGCAGGAUCUACUAAUGCACAGCGAUUGCAUCACAUUGCACUGCAGCCUGAAUGAACAUAACCAUCACCUCAUCAAUGACUUCACUAUUAAACAGAUGCGCCAGGGUUGCUUCUUAGUGAACACAGCCCGGGGAGGGCUGGUAGAUGAGAAAGCCUUAGCACAAGCCUUGAAAGAGGGGAGAAUCAGAGGAACAGCAUUGGAUGUGCACGAGUCUGAGCCUUUCAGCUUUGCUCAGGGUCCCUUAAAAGAUGCGCCUAAUGUGAUCUGCACCCCUCACACUGCCUGGUACAGUGAGCAGGCGUCCAUUGAAUCCAGAGAAGAUGCAGCUAAAGAGAUCCGCAGAGCUAUUACAGGUCACAUACCUGAUGCUUUGAGGAACUGUGUUAAUAAGGAGUACUUGCUGCUAGCAGCUCAGUGGUCCAGUAUUGAUCCUGCAGCUGUCCACCCAGAACUCAAUGGAGCUGCAGCUUACAGGUUUCCUCCAGGAGUAGUGGGAGUAGCCACCCCUGCACUGCCAGAACCGCCAGCAGUGGAAGGGAUUGUAGCUCACGGGAUCCCUCCUGUUUCCCACCCUGCACCGCGUACCCCUUCCCCAGGAGAGACAAGCAAACUGGAUGCAGACAGAGAGAUUCCUGCUGACCAAUAGCAGCAUCUUUCCUUUCAUCUCACAGCAGAUAAAAGUAGGAAAGCAUCUCUUCCUAGGACCUUCUUUAACACCCUACAGAGACUGUUUCCUGUUCAUGCAGGACAGGAGAAUGCAUUUCAUUACUGGCAAACUUUAGCUCUUGCCUUUAUUUUUAACCCGUUAGUUUUAAACCCUCAAUCUUUCCCCUUCCCUGGGGCAGGACAGCAGUGACCUUGCCUCCUGUUGGAAACACUUAGUUUAACAAAUGAAUUUUCCCAUGUAUCUACCCCGGUUGUCUGUGACAGGGAACUGUCCUUGUGGGGUCAAACACUGAAGUGGAGCUGUCUGAUCAGGAGUGGCCCUCAAGGUUCCCAACACCAGACUUCAGUGCACACCUUUCAGUUGUGACUUGUAGCUUACAUUUAAUUUGGUUGAACCUCUCAAGUGUAGCCAUGGGGAGUACAAAGAAAAUACUAGUGAAUUGGAGAAGUUGUGACUACUGUCUUUAUUAUGCCCUUGGUAGAAUGCAGCCUAGGCUCAGCUGUAUGUGUUACUUUGCUUGUUUUAAUUAAGGUUUCCUGUGAGAACAGGCAUUGCUCAUUGUUGACCAUACAAAGUUCAGUCUAUGCAGUACUACGCCUGAGGUUAAAAGUAACAGUCUCAAAGCCAGCCCUGUAAAUAAUUUGGAAGGGCUCAAACUGUCAUCAGAUAUAUUGUGGUGACCACUGUGUUUGUGAGGCUUCAGAGUAGUUCACCCUGGAGUCUGUCUCACUCAGAGAAGAGUUAGAGAAUCCAGAAGUGGGAAAAACUUGCCCUGGGAGACAGCAGGUAGCAGUAACUUGCAACUGCAGUUGCUUGUUCCUCGCACACAGGUACCUCACAGUCUGACGGUGGUGGUUAGCCACAAGGUAUCAAGGUAUCUCUUAUGUUAGAAUUCUAAGCUUUGUGCUACAGUUUGGUUGUGGGUUGUUUUGGUUUUUUUUUCCAUAACUGCAUCAACUAGAAGUAACAUAGCACCGGUUCCUGUGCUGAUGGAGAAGGCAGCUUUCACUGGUUGAGCAAAUUACGCCAGCUCUCCCACAAUACACUGCAUCUCCAACAGUGGGCAGGGCAGGACAGUGGUGUUUUGGUUGGGGUUUUUGUUUUUUUUUUUCUUUCUUUUUUACACGAGUAAGCUUUGGGAUACUAAAGGAGAAAGAACCCUCUUAGCUUGUCACUGGAAGCCAAGGCAGGAUUGUUGCUCUCAAGAAUUUUCCCAUUUUCCAAAUAAUCAAGUAUGAAUCACUUCUUUGAGGGGGAUGGAGCAAAAUGGGUUCCACAGGAGAAGAUUAUCCUUAAUUCCACAUCUUCCUUUAAUUUUACCUUGUUACACUUUAGCUACAGCCUUUCCAUGCACAACAUGUAACAACUCACAAUUGAUUUGUUCAUGUUGUGUGGGCCUACUGAAGUCGGUGCUAUGUGGGAGGCAUCCCCCCUGUGUGGGUUGGUCUGCCUCCCUGUUGUGUGUCUGUGACUGGAAGCUGAGCAGCUGGGAAUAGACUGGAAAUAGAGUUUGAGGUGUGGACACGAUCCUCUCGUUGGGCUGUUUGGGAAGCUGAGGGAAGCUUUCACAGUCACUAAGUUUUCAGGGUUUUGAUUUUUUUUUUUUCCUGGUUUUAAAUUUUUCUCCAACUGCCUUCAUAUAAUGUCUUGCUACUGAUGCAGUGAAGUGAUUAAUUCCUUUCCCCUCCAACCGUUCACACCUCACAAUUCAAGAAAGGAAAACGAAGAAGUAAACUUCAGGUGUUUUCUUACAGAUUUUACACUUUAACUGUUUAGCAUUAGUGAGAUGGUAUUAGUUCUCUAGUGCUGAGUGUCUUUUUUGAUAAGGUGUUUGUCUUGGUGAAGGUUCUUCACUUCUGUGUUUUCAUGGAUGAUGCUGAUUCUACUUAAAAUUCAUAUACCUCCUUGGCAGCUCAGGUUUAGCAGAUGAGACUGGGACUGGUGGAAAAUAACCAGCAGCACCUUCUUGAGUUCUCUAACCUCUAAGAAAUCUAAGUUUUACAUGCUAGUAGCUCAGAAAGCUGUUCUGCCAGGCAGAUGGGGAAUAGUUUUCAGGGCCUGAGAGCUCAUCCUCUGUGUAUUACCACAAUCUGUCAGCAACUGCUCUUUCAUUAAUCGCUGCUGAAAAUUCCUGCCCUGCUUAGAGGUUCAGGUCUGAGAUUAUUCUGUGGUAAGGGGCUUCUAGUUACGAGCUUUGUGACUACAGAGAAUCGGAGUACAUUGACCGUGUCUCUUCUAGAGCACAGUGCAAGAUAGAUUUAUUUUUUUUUUUUAAGAGGCAGCAAUUUAUUUCUUUUUUUCUCUUCUUCUCUUAACUUCAAAUUUCUCUAUAGACCAAUCAACUGAGCAGAGGAAGAGUGGAAAGAUCUCAUCUAAGGGACAUCUGAGUUUCUCAGUUCUCACUUUUGGUGCCUAGACAUACUGGUGGCUAGUAAUUCCCUAGUGGGAAUUGAUUGAUGUAAUAUUUCCAGCUAUGGGUACUAUGGAAUUGAAGGUGGCAGCACUGAUAGUGGCUCUGCUCUAGCCAACACUCUGUAAGCUUGUGCUUGUAUAUGAAGGCAAUUUCCCCCCUGAUUAAAGCUGCAGCAGAAAAUACUGAGGUAAAAACAAACAGAACCCUUAUCAUGACCUCAAAGAAGGACAAGGGCUCUCUUUGUGUGUCUAGGAUUACUUUGCUUAUACAGCAUUUGUCCCUCUACCUAUAGACUGAAUCUGUUAUUACCAGACAAAGGUUAUUCUGAACAGAUAGCACACACAAAGAAAGGAUUUCCAGUACUUAGGUACUCUGUGGUCUUCUCCAUCCCCCGAGUGCCCGGUCCAGUGUCCACGCUCUCAUGUGUGACACUUGGAUUUGCAGCUUCCUUCCCAAGCUGUUGCAGGUUAGAGAAGUGGAAGGACUGAUGUUUAAUUUGUUUGUUUUAAUGCCUUCCUUCAGAACUAGUGCAGAGCUUUAAUCCCAAAGAACAGAAGUCUGCCACGGUGAGGCAGGAGUGUCCUAGCUGCACUAAUCUGCUUACAGGAGGUGCUCACACUGUCCUAAGGUACUUUCUGUUUUGUCAAGGUCACUGCUGCUGACCUGCUUUUUUAUAGAGGAUUCAGAGUUUCAGAAAUAUAUUUUUGUAGACAAUGACUAAACUGUGAAAUAUUGAAAUAAAGCAUGUAAACUAAACCUUCCGGCACUGUCCUCUGUACAGCUGUUUUUCUCACUUCAGUUCUCUCCUGCCUUGUUAGAAAAUGUUUGAUUACUUCUUGGAUAUAUUUUAAUAAAGUUCUCUAAAGAACA